AUGGGUUUCAGCAAGAAGAUACUUUUGACAGAAGAUGCUGUGCCAACAAAAUUUCAUUGUCAAGAAGAUCGUAAAAGACCACUGUGUGAUGCUGGACUUUCUCGAGGAGCAUAUGUCAAGAGGAAAAGAAUGGAUUUGGUCAACACAUGUUUGCAAAGUCAAAAUCCUACUGAAGCCCAAGCUGAAAGCUUACAAAAAGAUGAGAGUUUGAUACAAGACAUUAUUGAACCUCAAGGUAUGUAA